AUGACACAGUUGGGAAGCAGCUCGAAGCCCGUCAAGGUGGCUACUACUCCUUUUGGUCCGAAGGAGGUGGCUCGUUCCGUUGCAACCAACAAGGUGGCGGAAAGUACACGUGCAACUGGUCAGGACAGUCUGGUGGUGGCUUCGUUGCUGGCACAGGUUUCAAGCCUGGGGGUUCGAGGUAAGAGCAGCAACGGGUCCAAGACGAUUUCGAGAGCUGUACUAAUGGAUCGCACUAGGACAGUCAAAUACUCGGGUACAUACGACGCCAAGGGUCCUGGUUACCUCGCCCUCUAUGGCUGGACGCGCAACCCUCUCAUCGAAUACUACAUCAUCGAGUCGUACGACGUCCUCGCCCCAGGUGAGCCUUGGACGCGCAAAGGCAACUUCACUUUUGAAGAAGGCACCUACGAUCUUUGGUGGGAAUUGGCUCUUGACUGGCCUCAAUUUGUGGAGCCGCAGGACAUGGACGCAGUCUUGUAG